UGAAUGAUUCGUGGUGGUAAAGAGAAGCUUCACGUGCUAGCUAGUGGGUUCCUCCGCGCCGUUUGGGUCGUUACAACAACAACAAUAAAACCGCCGCAACGCCCGGUCCGAGCGCGUCUACUCCAAUUCAGGCUUGAUUUUUUCUCACAUCAUUUUUGGGCUCCUGUCGGAUUCUCAUUUGUCGCACGCGGAACGUUUUGGGGUUUCGCAUCGUAUCUUGGGGUUGUCUGUCAGGACUCUACGAGACCUUCCGCAGUGUCUAGCUGUAGUAUACGCAUUUUUCGUCAUCUCCUUCAUCCCGAUGGCAUCUUUGCCCAAGAACAAUGCCUUCGGUGCCGGCAGCCCGAGCUGGAACCUUCCCUUCCCCGAUGGCAACAUGACAGCCGCUGAGAUUCUAGCCUACCUUCCGCAUUGGCUCAAGUCGAUAGAUGUCAUUGAUCGCCUCGUCGCGAACGGCGGCAGGUCUGCCAUCAUUGCCGCAAUGAUCAAUGAGUUCAGGCACCAGCCAACCGGCGAGAUCUUUCAGGCCAACUCAGUGCAGAUUAUGAUGUCUUAUGCGAUGCGCCGCGCUGGCUAUACAGACUGGACUGUUGGUACGCAUGAGCUGUGGAAACGUGAGAGUGAUUCAGACGAGGAGAAUCUCAGCGUGAAGGACUUCCGCCCGCCUCGCCUCACUCACCCAAAGACUGUCGCCAAACGCAAUCGACAAGACCUCGCACGCAAUUACGAAGCAGAACCGAUUGAAUUCAAAGACCUAGCCCUUCACGUGAAGAAGCAUCCUGCAGACGCUGAUGCCCUUGACCUCACCCGCUGCAUACAAUACGCGCUUACCCACCAACACGAGAAGUGGCUCUUUCCCACCGACUUCAAGCGCCUCGUCAUUCACCUAGGAGGUCCGGCUCAAAUCGAUCACCUUCACCACGAUAGACAAGUAUUUGCUCGCCGCGAAAACCUCGUCACUCCGGCUAAACCAACACCUCGGAAGUUCAACCGCACAAUGAAAGCCGAAGUUACACCUCGACGCCGAAACAAGCCCCCGACUCAUAUUGAGAAAGCAUUGUCUCUGUCUCAGUCAGGUACAACAGGGAGUAUGACACCUCGGAAACGAGGCAGUGAGGAUUUGGGUAGGAUCCUUUUGGGUAGUCAGAGGAGGAGUGGAAGGCUUGCUGGGAAAGCUAUCAAUUUGUGCGAAGAAGACUCAGAUGCUACGGACAAUGAUGUCUUUGACUCUGCUUACUCUGGCUACUCUACGCCCGCUAAGAAGCGUAAAAUCUCCCUCACCCCGCCCACGCCCAUCUCGCCCUCCAACGACAGCGAGUUUGUGCAAGAUGACUCCGAACCCGACGACGAUAUUGCGGAAGCAGAAGACGCAAGCGAGGAAGACGCUCUCUCGCUUUCCUCUGGCCCGCGGGGUCGUGCUGCAGCGAGAAAGGCACGGCAGAACAUCCAGUCUUCAUUCACGAGCAAUCGUACUCCUCUGAUCCUAAAAGUAUCGAAGCUCGCACCGUCACCGGAAAAGAAGUUAAGGACGCCCCCGCCACAGAAGCCCGUUCCCACGUACAUCCAUACGGUCGUCAGCCCAGAGGUGAUGGAAGCAGUCAAGCAGUUCGCUCAUCGCACGCCCGUACUGCUCCAGCCGCCCGUACUUUCCGCAAACCGUCUGCGCGUCGAUGCUGCAAGCAUCUAUCUCUAUGCCUCCGAAGGCUGUAGCAACCCCAAAGAAAUGUGGGAGUCUGCACUGUCGUGUACACGAUUCGGUGGACCCCGUCGCCACGCACCCUUCCGUGAGUUACACCGCUUGACGGACCCGGAUAUGAUGGAUGGAAGUGAUUGGGCCGAAAACAUUCGCUGGGCAAAGGAGCAAAAUUUGGCCUUUGGAAGCAAGACUUGGACGGAGUACGACUACCAUCUUGAGAUGAUUACGCAGGCUAGGCGGGAGACGAUGUGGGUAAGCGAGGAGCUCAUUAGGAUGGGGAUGUAGAAGAGAGUUUUCUGCAUGUACCGGUGGAUUAGCCACUACAUUCGGGGUACAAUUGGCAGUACACAGCUGAUCUAAUCUUGGCAGCGUUGGGCAUAGUCAGCAAAUGUGCUGCGAUGGCCAUGACGGACAAGUACUUGCAUAUCGCGUAUAUGUAUGCAUACAAUAGGACUAGACGUAGUCCUGUAUACU